AUGGACCACAAUGGCUUUAGGGUUGGUUUUCAAUUCGUUCCCCCUUUAGAGUGGACUUCUGUUUCAGAGUUGCCAAAGGUCGGACCAAUUACAGAUGAAGACAUAGAGGUGGCUUUAAAGAACACAAGGCCCUCUGCUCAUCUUCAUGCUCAUCGUUAUGACAAGUUUAACGCAGAUUAUGGCAGCCAAAUACUCCAGUGA